AAAACAGUGUACGCCUGGGUAGCGUCUGUUACCCUGUCUGUAUUACUACAUUUAAGGAUCGUUUGUAUUACAAGCGCUAUGUUCCGUUUCUUGGGUGGCGUUGGUCUCUCCGACUGACCGCUCUAUACUCAGUGCGACGACGUUGUUUAUUUCUUCUAUAGUCAAUAUCGAAAAACGCUAUCAUGGUCGAGCAGUCGGAUCGCGCCCCGCUGCUGGACUGGGAGGAGGUUCCCCCGGCCGAACUUGCCCCAUCGGUUCCAUCACCGGAGACUGGGGAUUCAACACAAUCCGGUCUAUCGAGUUACCCGACCGAGGGCAUUGUAGGGGUAGAUAUCUCACUAAACAGAAGCCCAGCGAGACCGAAUAGUGUAACAGCUGUUCCAGGUGAAAGUGCACACUCUCCCUAUAAACACAGCGGCCCGGGAGGAGAUGCUUCUGCCACCGAUGAAGAGGGAGACUGCGCCUUUCAUGGGCUGUCGGUCAGGGAUCGGAGGAUCACUGGGUCUGGAUGGGAGGAAAAAGAUCAGAUUGUUGCCGUGUUUGUUGUGACUUUCGACACCAGAUCGGGGAACAUGAUAGAAUGGUGCCUACCUCAAGAUGUGAAUCUGGAGGGAGUAGAGUUCAAGUCAAUGGCCAGUGGCUCUCAUCGGAUCUCAAGUGACUUCAUAUAUUUCCGUAAAGGCUGUUACUUUGGUCUAGCGUGCUUUGCCAACAUGCCUGUGGAAAGUGAGCUGGAACGAGGAGCUCGGAUGAAAUCUGUAGGGAUUUUGUCUCCUUCUUACACACUGCUAUACCGUUACAUGCACUUCCUGGAAAACCAAGUCCGGCACCAGUUGCAGUGUCCAGGCCAGUACUCUCCACUGGAAGCUUUCUACGAGGAUAAAAAGGCAGUAUUGCCCCCAGGAGGGAACGGUUUGGUCACAGCCUGCCCGACCAGCGCUCUUGGACCCAUAGUCAACCGCUGCAUGCACCCAGAGAUGAAGAUUACACACCCGGCUGGCUGCAUGUCCCAGUUCAUCCGCUUCUUCGGAGAGCAGAUCAUGGUGCUGUGGAAGUUUGCUUUGCUCAGGAAACGCAUCCUCAUUUUCUCUCCUCCCCCUGUCGGUGUGGUCUGCUAUCGAGUAUACUGUUGCUGCUGCCUUGCUAAUGUGUCCAUUCCUGGGAUGGGCUUGACUGUUCCGGAGUUCCGCCCCUUCUUUUACAUCAACGUUGCUGACAUCACUGCUCUUGAGGCUGAGCUGUCUUAUGUGGCCUGUACUACAGAGAAGAUCUUUGAGGAAAAGAAGGAGCUGUAUGAUGUCUACAUUGAUAAUCAGAAUGUAAAGACGCACAGAGAGAACCUCCAGCCUCUGCUUAGACUCAACAGUGCGGACCGAGAGAAGUAUCGCAAGCUCUGUGAGCAGAGGCAGAUGCUGCUGUACUCUCAGGAGGUGGAUGGAGACUGCACAUCUAAUGAGGAAGAACUCUUCAUUUUAUUCUUCAUGGAACAGAACAACAGAAUCUUCCAGACCCUGUCUGAGUUGGCGGCGAGCGCUGAUCCUACCCUGACCGCUGAGCACGUGAGAGCCAUGGGGCUGGAUCCUCAGGCCGACCGCGGCUUUCUCGUCGACCUGCUGGAAAUCUACGGCAUCGACGUCAUGCUGGUUAUCGACAACCCCUGCUGCCCGAGCCAUUCCUGACACCUCUGGACCACACUUAUACUGCCUACACCAACAAGGUGCAAUCUGACUUUUUGUGCACUUUGCGGCCAGUCAAUCCAGUGACGUCUUUCUGCUUGUCUGUCUGUCUGCCUGUGUGCUUCGUAUCCUUCCAGCCAUCUUGGAUUUCUUCUCGACUCUUGCCUAAGCUUGUUUCAUGCAAAACAUGAUCUCUGUGCCUCUCUCUACCGCUUUUCAAUCUGUGGUCUUCAGUUGUGACUUUGUUCUUCUAGCCAGUGCUGUCUGGGGGAACUGAUGUGACGUCCCCAGUGGGUAUAAAUCUGCUUCACUUGGACACCAGAGAAUCGGAAAAGCAACUCUCACUUCCUGCUGGUAACAACGGUUUGGUAAAGUUUGCUUUGAAUGUCACAUCUGUAUUUCUAAAGGUUUUAUGGUUGUUGCAUAUCACACACUACUGUGAUGGUGAAGAUUUUCACAAUCUCUGCCACAUUUUUUUUUUUUAACUUAAUCAUGUGAACCAGUCAUUUCGUUUUUUGGAUAAAACUGGCAUCUGUCAUUGUGUUUGUUGUGAUCUAUUGUGCAUGAACAAAGAGACACAAUCAGUUUUGCUACUGUAGUUUGUUAUUAUUCAUGUUUUGAAUUCAUUUGUCAUGAAUUAACGACACUGUAGAAGAUUCUCGGUCAUUCUGAUUUCACUCCCCAAAUGUCAUUUCAAUGCUGUUUUACACACUGAUGAAAUGGAGCAUAAAGUGUGUUUGUUAAUGCUGAAUACAGGCCUUUAAUUACUAUCACCCUUGGUAUUGAAUGUAAAUUGUACGUUUAAUGCACCGGCUGAUGCACAUAUGAUGCAAAUGACACAGAAAUUGUUACAUUCAGCUUUUUGAGUCAGUUGAUUUGCUCUGAAGAAAUGAAUGUGAUCCUAUUCCUGUCUUUGUCAUCAGUGAAUGCUCAUGAUUAUCACUUGUGAAAGACUUUUGAAUUUGUAUAUAUUUGGGGUUUCUUAUUUUAUCAUGUUUGGGUUGAUAAUUUCAGAAUGACAGCAGCGGACUGGCCUCACAAGGCCGAUUCAUUUGUGGAUUUGUGUGUGUUUAUAUGUUAAUCCUGUGAAAAUUCAAACUGGAUCAUUAAUUAGUCAAAUUAUCUGUAAAGCUGCAUUCAUAUAGGUGAAAUUCAAAAGAAAACAUAAAUGGAAAAGCAUUUACUUGACCUGUUCAGAUUAAAGUCACUAUCCUAAAUUUGUUUUGCUAACAAAAUAACGCAAUUGAUUUCUUAGGAACGAGUGCAGGCACUCAGGUUUGUAACAGUUGGAUGGACAAAAGUUCUUUAAAUGAUGUUAAAUAAAAUAUUUAAAUGAACAAUAAUACUGUUGCUUAUAACCUAGAUUUGCUUAAAUGUGAAUUUAGUUUUUACAUUUCUAAUCUAUCAGAGAAAUUGAGAACUCCUGUAUUAUAAAUCUGUUGGUUGGUUAUUUAGUGUCUGAUUGUAAAUGAAUGGAGAAUGUAUAUUAAGCAGCCAUGUAAGAUAAUUGUACAGGUGGAAUUGUCUGGUAUUGUGUAUGUGAGAUACUUUUUGUGCGUUAUCUAAGUGUUACACAAGUCUUUGUCAUAAUAACAAGCUAAAUGAAUGUUGAGUUUUACUCUACUGGUAUCACAAAGCACUCGUGUAAUGCCUCUGUCUUACACACUACCUACUAUACAGUUAUACAAACUAACAGCAUGUGACUGUUGUUUUAAAGCCAGUGAUUCUUAUUCACUGCCAUUUUGAAAUAAACGGUUCUUUUCUAUCA